UGGUGGCUUUGCAUUCUGAAGAUAUUUAUUCCUACUUUAAGGCUUUAUUUUGAAAAGUACCCAUGUCGUUUAGCACAAGUGAAAAUCAAGUUUAACUGGAGUGAUCUGUUGACCUGACUCACCUUCAGUUUGUUUAGAUUUUUUUUUUGCCACGGAGGAUAGCUCAGGUUAAGAGCUGGGUUUAGAAGUAGAUUCACCUUGGAUUUAUUCGUCCUACUGUAAGGGGACAAAAUGAGUAAACCGAAGAACAAAAAUGAUAAUAAAACGGAGAAGGCCUUGGCUGCAGAGAAAGAACAGUUUGGCAAACAGCAGCUCCAAAGCAUCAGCAAAAUUGCCACCACAGCUGAAGUUCCACCUAAAGAGAAAUAUGUGCGCAAUAUCAUUCUGGGAACUCACAAGGAGGGCGGAGCCACCACCUUCUGGUCCUACGUGGUGAACCUGCCUCUGUCCAGCCAAUCCAUGGUCAGCUGGAAGAUCUGCUAUCUGCUGCACAAAGUGCUCAGGGAGGGCCACAAAAAUGUUGUUACAGAUUCUCACAGACACAGCCGCGCCAUCAGAGACAUGGGGGUCCUGUGGGGAAACCUGCAUGAUCGAUAUGGGCACAUUGUUGCCCUGUCUGCUAAGUACCUCCACCUCAAAAUGGAGUUUCAUGCGAAGCACAAAGUGAUCCCAGGUAACCUCGAGGCCACCGAUGAGACUUUGGAGAGGGAAGCAGGAACCGACAUGACCAAAGUGUUGGAUAUGACUCAGGAGCUGCUGGAUUACCUGGACGCUGGACUGAAGAUGGCUGAGACGACUCUCCGACAGAUGGACGCCAACGGGGCCAAGUCCACCACCCCGGCCGGACAGUGCCGACUGACCCCUCUCAUCCCCCUCAUACUGGACUGCAGUUUCCUCUACCACUUCUCCGUCCGGCUGCUCUUCAAACUGCACAGCCGCAUCUCUCCGGAUGUGCUUCUCGGGCAUCGAGAGAGAUUCCGUGACCUGUUCCUGAGUCUCACACAGUUCUUCAACAGGGCCCGAGAAAUUGAGUUCUUUAAAAGUAUUAUCCAGAUCCCAGAUCUCCCCGAUGCCCCUCCAAACUUCCUCCGAGCCGCUGCCUUGGCUGAGUACAAAAAGCCGGUGGUGCUGAUGCCGGGCGAGGAUCGUCCGGCGGAGGACGAAGUGGAGACGGUGCCAGAGUUUAGAGAAACGGCCCAGAUGCCUCAGCAGUACUAUUUGCUGAGCCAGAUGGGAGGAGCCGAGGCGACUGUGGAGCACAGAGAAACCGAGAGCAAUGGCUAUAAGAAUCUUGAGGCGCUGAAACCAGAGAUAGACCUCAUCAAGAGUGAGGCUCAGAGAUGUAUGGUGGAGUUAAAGGCUCAAGUCAACCGCCUGGAAGCGGAGGUUGAAGAGCAGCGCACCCACAAGCAGGUCGCGCUGGUGGAAAACGAACACCUGCGGAUGGAAGUGGAGGCCUUACGCAGCACUAAUGUGGCCAACGUCGGCGCUCAGAUCGGAUACAAGGAGGCGGACAGCCGGGCUCAGGCUGCGGAGGUCCGGUUUAUGCAGCUGAAAGAGAGACACGCGGAGCUGGUGACGAGUCACGCCGAUCUGAUGAAGAAGAACGCGGAAACAGUCAGGAUGCUGUCGGGUACAAAGCAAGGCCACGAUGAUUUGCUGAGGGCCAAGCAGCAGCUGGAGAGCGAGGUGGAAAGUCUGCGACGGGAGAGAAAUGCCGCGAUGAAUAAUCAGCAGCAGGAAGUGGAGCGCCUGAAUAAAGAAAUGCUGGAGCAGAGAGCGGAGAUGGCCCUGCUCCGCAGCGCUUUGGAGGCCAAAGAGAAGGAGGGGACCCAGGUGAGCAGCAGCCUGGCCGCUCUUCAGGCAGAGCGGGACGCGCUGCUUCGCUCGGCGACGGAGAGAGACGCAGAGCUGUCCUCUCUGAGGCAGCAGGCCCAGCAGCAGCAGGGCUCCAUGGACCUGGAGAAAGAGCGCAUGACCCGAGAGCUGGAGGCCCUCAGAGCUCAGCUGCAGCAGCAGCUUGCCAUAAAUGCGGAGCAGAAGCUGGAGAUCGACAGGCUGAAGCGAGAGCUGGACUCCACCCGAGCAGAGCUGACCCGAGCGAACACCCUGCUGCAAAGCAGAGAAAUGAGCGGCACGCAGCUGAACAGCGCGCUGGCCGGUCUGCAGGCGGAGAAGGACGCGUUGCUGCGAUCGGUUCGGGAGCAGGAGGCAGAGCUGACCUCGCUGAGACAACAGGCUCAGCUCCAGCACAGCACCCUGGAGCAGGAGAGGCAGCGGAGCAGCAUGGAGCUGGGAAGCUUACACGCCCAGCUGCAGCAGCAGGCCUGUCGGGAGGGCGAGCUGGCCCAGAAGCUGCAGAGCGAACAGUUCUGUCUCCUUCAGUGUGCGGUUGUGGAAGCUGAGGGCAUCAUAUUGGACGCCGUGGCCAAACUGGACGACCCCAUACAUGUCCGCUGCAUCAGUUCACCGGAUUAUUUGAUAAACCGAGCUGAAAUUACGCUGGGCUCUAUUGAUAAAAUGCAGCAGAGCCACAUGGUCUAUCUGGGAAACAGGAACGACGCCAGUGGCCUGCUGAGAGCCGUCACCCAGUUCUCCCACCUCGCCGCCGACACCAUUGUAAACGGCGCCGCGACGUCGCACUCGGCUCCCAUCGAUCAUGCCAACGCGUUAACGGACAGCUGUCGGGAAUGUGCGAAUAACUGCCUGCAGUACCUGAACGACCUGAAAUCUCAGGCCAAUCUGCAGAGAGCGGAUCCGUCUGCCGUACGCUACAUUGUUCAGCGCAUCCUGGCCAUGGGACAGGAUUUGCGCCCAAAAGGACAGGAUGUGCUGAAGGAAGAGCUGGGAAGCAUGGUGGAUAAAGAAAUGGUGGCUACGUCCACUGCCAUUGAGGAGGCUGUGCUGCGAAUGGACGAGAUUCUGAACCAAGCGAAGAGAGACACCAGUGGUCUAAAGUUGGAAGUCAACCAGAGCAUCCUGGGAUCCUGUUCGGAUCUGAUGAAGGCUGUUCAUAUGCUGGUCACAGCCUCUACAGACUUGCAGAAAGACAUCGUGGAAGGAGGCAGGGGGGCAGCGUCUGUUACUGAUUUUUAUGCCAAAAACUCUCGCUGGACUGAGGGACUCAUCUCAGCAUCCAAAGCUGUGGGCUGGGGUGCAACUCAGCUGCUAGACUCGGCUGACCGGGUUGUGGCUGAAAAAGGUUCCUACGAGGAGCUCAUUGCCUGUUCCCAUGAGAUUGCUGCAAGCACUGCACAGCUGGUUGCUGCAUCCAAGGUGAAGGCUGACCGCAACAAUAAGAAACUGAAUACACUGCAGCAGGCCUCGCGGCAUGUGAAUGACAUGGCUGCUGUAGUCGUCACCUCCACCAAGCAUGGGCAGCAGCAGAUCUCUGACCACGGUGUCAUGGACUUCUCUGGCAUGUCUUUGAUCAAACUUAAGAAAGAGGAAAUGGAAGCUCAGGUGAAGGUGCUGCAGCUUGAGAACCAGCUGGAGCAGGAACGAGUCCGUCUCGGGGAGCUCAGAAAGCGGCACUAUGACCUCGGAGGACCCGGGUCCCCAGAUGCCAAAGAUGGCGACGAUGAUAGCUUCCCUCCCCCGCCACCACCUACCCUGUUUGACUCCACCUCACAACCUCAGUCUUUUCCACACACACAGCCUAUUAAAAGCACACCCAACUUCUCACUGCCUCAGUCUUACACACCAUCUCAAACCUACACCCCAUCUCAAACUUUUACACCGUCUCAAACUUAUACUCCGUCUCAAACUUAUACUCCGUCUCAGCCAUUCACACCUUCUCAACCCUACAAUCCAGCCCAAACCUACACCCCCCCUCAAGCAUACACCCCCUCCCAAACGUACACACCCUCACAGCAAUACCGUCCACCCCAACCAUACAGUUCAUCAGUGCCUUACACCCCAAACCCAACUCAGAGUUAUCUGCCGCCCCAGUCUCAUUCCCUAUCACAGCCGUCAUCACUUCCAUCCAGUGCUGCCCAGCCCAAACCAGCGUCUCAGCCGCAGACCACCCAGCAGAGCAACACUGAAUCCCACAAGUUAGCCUUCAAGAAACCCAACAUCUUUGUCAAAUCUGGAAACUUGCUAAAACAUGCGUUCAAACGAGGUGAAACUGGAACCGGAGAGUCUUAAGAGUCUCACUGAAGAAGACGAGUCUGACUUGAUGAUGUUAGCACUCGCUGGAGAGUCACUCGUGGUUUUUGUGAUGUUAGUGAAUGAAACUCAACUCAAGGGAAACUUUACAGGAAACAUUGCAGGUUAGCUGUGCUCGAUGUGCGUCUCAGUUUCAAAAUUGAGGAAAAUGUAAUAUAUUUUGUAAUUAUACCGAUGUGUGUUUUAAUACCCCUAAUCCUUUAUUCAAUAAAAAUUAUCAAAUUGUUUAAAAUGGA